ACGUGGAAGACUCUGAAUUACCACGGUGUUGGCAGAGACAGGUAUUCUGAUUGUAUCAUGCUGAAGGGACUUAUCCUUCUAUUUCUCUUCUCUCAGGUUGCAGCUGGUCGCUGGGGUAAACUGUGCCAUAGUAAUCCAACAAACAGGGUAAGAGGGACAGAUAGCUAUGGCAGUGGAGCGUAUGGAGCACCCAGAGGCAAACUCAGGCACCUGGGGGUUGACGUGCGGUGUAAUGAUAACUCGACGACCUAUGCCCCUUUCACUGGGAGACUGAUAAAACGGGUCAAUCCCUAUGAUAACGGCAAUGCGAUUGAUAAUGGAGUGAUGAUGCGGGGACAAGGUUACUGUGUGAAGAUUUUCAAUAUUGAGCCUGAUCGUUAUUCUGGAGCGAUCACAAAGGGUCAGAGGUUAGGGAGGCUGCUGAAUGUUCAACGUGUUUACAAGGGGAUAACCUCCCACGUCCACAUCGAGAUGUGCAACACCUCUGUUGACCCCACUCCUAACCUGUAGCUCCGGAUUGGAAGUGACACCCAGAGAGUUCCAUAAUUCCGAUCUAAUUCCGGUCACUCAUUGAUUCCGAACAACCAGUGGUGGAGACUGGGAAGAGGACAUGAGCUUUGUUUGGGGGGAAUGGGGGGGGGAAGGACUGAAUCCAGUGGAGAUUU